AGCGUAGUUUGACGGUCUUGCGACCCCUCCUACCUAGCGGAACACCUUUGAGUGACGUCAUGGUCUGGUUGGUAGUAGUGCUAACUGGUGCAUGUGGUAGUGGAAAGACUGCAGUGGGACAUGUUCUAGCAGAGGAAGAGAAGGCUGUGUUCAUAGAAGCUGAUGAUUUCCACACACCUGAAAACAUCAGUAACAUGGGUAAAGGGCAGCCACUCACAGACCAGGACAGACAUCCGUGGCUGGAGGCCCUGCAUGAAGCUCUGUACCAGGCAGCCAGUGAGAGCUCUGUGGAGGGGAGGGUGAGAGUUGUGGUUGCCUGCUCUGCUCUCAAGAAGAGCUACCGAGACAUCAUUCUGGGUCGAGGGAAGGGAGCUAGAGACUUGAGCAGACGGUGUGUUGUGGUCCAACUAACAGCCAGUCAGGAGGUGCUCACGUCACGUGUCGCAGAGAGAAGGGGACACUUUAUGCCUCCCUCUCUGGUCACCAGUCAGUUGGCUGUACUGGAGCCACUGUCGGCACAGGAGUGGCCUUGCUUAACUUGCCCCACAUUG